CUCCUUGCGCGCAUCGAGCGCAUGGAAAGAAGAGUGCAGCUGGUAAAGAAGGACACCGAGAGAGAGAAGCACAGGAUCUUCCAGGGCUUCGAGGUGGACGAGAAGGCUGAAGCAGAGGCGUGCGAGAAAUUGCCGCUGGAGUGCCCGCAGGAACUGCUGGAGCCCUCGCAGACCCUGCAACCCAAGCACUUCCCCUAUGGCCGGAAUGGGAAGGGGCAUAAAAGGAAGCCAGCAUUUGGGAGCGCAGAGAGGAAAACGCCCGUUAAGAAGCUGGUGUCCGAGUUCUCGAAGGUGAAGGGUAAAACUCUGAAGCACUCUCCGGUGAAAGAGGAGUCGAGUGGCUCUUUGUCCGAAACUGUUUGCAAACGAGAACUGCGGAGCCAAGAGACUCCAGAAAAAAACAGGUCGCUGCUGGAGACCCCGCUCAGACCCUCUGCUCCGCUGAAGGGCCCCAGCAGCCACCCCAAGGAAAAGGGCUUCUUCAGCGAGAUAGACGAUCUGCCCUACCUUUCCACCACGGAAAUGUACUUGUGUCGCUGGCAUCAGCCCCCCCCAUCACCGUUGCCGUUACGAGAGCCCUCCCCAAAGAAGGAGGAGACUGUAGCAAUUCCAUCUUGGAGGGACCAUGUUGUGGAGCCCCUGCGAGACCCCAACCCCUCAGACAUCCUGGAGAACCUCGAUGACAGUGUGUUUUCCAAACGGCAUGCAAAACUGGAGCUGGAUGAAAAACGAAGGAAAAGAUGGGACAUCCAGAGGAUCAGGGAACAAAGAAUUUUACAGCGACUGCAGCUCAGAAUGUAUAAAAGGAAAGGAAUUCAGGAGUCGGAGCCUGAAGUUACCUCAUUUUUCCCUGAACCAGAUGAUGUGGAAAGCUUGCUGAUCACCCCCUACCUGCCUGUCGUUGCCUUUGGCCGCCCCUUACCCAAACUGACCCCACAGAACUUCGAGCUGCCGUGGCUGGAUGAGCGCAGCCGCUGCCGGCUGGAGGUGCAGAAGAAGCAGACUCCCCACCGGACCUGCAGGAAGUAGCAGCGCAGCGGAGCCGGGAGCUCUGUACGUUGCUGAGUCCCUGCCCUCUUUGUUCUCGUUCAGGGAUGGUUUUGUUCCCUCCAUGCCCUGGUUUUGUUCUCUUGUUUUCUUUUCAACACGUUUCAGACUCGUCCCCGCUGGCUGUGCUUUGAGCUGGGGUUUCUCUCCCAUUUGUGUUCCUCCCUCCUCAACAGCCCCGCGUUCAGCAGGGGGGUGGGAGCCUCCUGUGGGUCCCAGCGUCCCCAGCCCAGGGCGGGCAGGGACCGGGCCCUGCCUGUGCUCCCUGGGGCAGCCCCUGAACGGGGGCCCGGCACUGGGCUGCGGCUGCGCUGGCCCUGCUCUGGUAUUGAGUCAGGAAACGGCGCGGAGCAGCCGCCUGAGGCUGAAGCUUCCGUCAGCCACCGCCUUUGUGUUGUUCCUGUUGAGUGGCUGUAACGUGGUUGGAGGAGAGUUUAAAAAGGAAACAAAAACAAAACUUUUUUUUGUGUGUGUGUGUGUGUGUGUGUGUGUGUGUGUGUGUGAAAUAGAAAUCCUAUACGCACAAUGUUGGUUCUUUUUUAAUUUAAGCCUUCUGAGGGCGGCAGCGCGGGCACUGACCCGGCUCCCCCCCCCCCCCCUCGUGCUGUGCCAGGAGCAGCCCCUUGCUCUCCCAAGCUGUUCCUGUGGGUGCAGUGCUGGAGGGGGCUGCUCGCUGCUUCCCGCAGCUGAGCGGCAGGACGCUUGUUAAAAAUGUUAAUAAAA